AUGAGAGAUAUUCAAAUAUACGCUGAGUAUUUACUCAAUCUUGGUCAAAUAACAGUCUUUGCUUCUUUACCUUCAAAAAGCACUAGCUCUACAGAGGUAACGGACAAGGACGGUAAGACCUUGACUAUCAGCCACGCGGGUGACCUUGCGACGAUUGCCUUGCCCGCUGAGGUCUCCGAACUGCAGAGUUCAAUCAAAUCUCAAAUAGGAUCCAUCGAGCUAUCCUUUCGGUUUCAUGUGAAACAAGAAGUCGCGGAAAUUGCCGUCAAUCACGCGGUGAGCGAUAAGUUCUGGACGGCUUCAAGCUUGACUCCAAAUUCACAAGUCGCUUGUUCACAGUGUGGUAACGAGAUUGUACGGAAUGUGUCCCAAUGGAAAGACCUUCCUAGCGGAAAUUGGGCGGAUAUGAUGGACCUUUGGCACUGUCACAAGCCUUCAGUUCCGGGUGACAAUGGAUCAUCGGCAGGCAAGGACAAGGGCUAUGCAGCAAGUAACACUAUGAAUCCUGCAGAAGGGUGUGGUCUUGUCAGUACUGCUUUUCUCAUGUUUCGGCCUGCAGACUGCGUUGGCACAGAGGUGAGCGAAGACUUCUCUUUUUUGACUUUUCCUAGUCUCUGCCUCGCUUUUGAUUUUAUGGGCAAACAAGAAGGUGGCCUAUCUCGACCAUAUUGGCCUGACAGUGGUAAAGUCAUCGAUACAGUUGCCCUAAAGAAACAACAAGAUUGUCGCAGUACCUAG